UGUCUUCCUGAGGCUUAGAAUUUCUGGCUGCGUGCGAGCUGAGAGAGGAGGAGAACAACAACUCUGCCAAUAGACUGAUAGUCUGGGAUACAGCCAAGGCAGUUUUGAGAGGACUUUUGUUCAAAAAAGUAAACUAUUGGAAAAAAAGUAAUAAGGAAAGUGAUAAUCUAUUGGAAAGGAAAUUACAAGAAGUAAGCAGGGAUGUAUGAUUAAUCCUACUGAACAAAACAGGAAGGAAUGGGAGGAAGAACAGGAAAAACUAAAAUUACAUCAGCUCGAGAAAAGUAGGAAAGAAUUGCUCUUCCAAGGAUUCCGACUGGCUUCAGAGGGAGAAAAAGUUGGACAAAUUUUGGCAGCUUGACACAAUGGAUCUCAGCUCCAUAAUGACUGAAAAUGGCAAAGUCUCCUGUGAGACUCCAGAGGGAACUGUGGUAAACGUUACUAUUAACCAGCGUUCUGCCUUGGAUUGUUUGUUGGAUACCUUCCGUUUCUUCCGGGACAUGAAGAAAAGUGGGCAAAAGACCAAACCCUCCCGUAUGUCUAGUUCUGCAGCCCACUUAGGGUUUGGGGUUGCCUAUAUUUCCCUGGGUUUGGUGUCUGUCAUGUUGGCCAUUAUUUUCAGCAUUACACAGCCGGACUUGAGAAUCUUCUAUUCAGGGGUCCACUUCUGGGUAGGCUUUCCGUUCCUUGUGUCUGGACUACUGAAUCUUGUAGCUUACAGGUUCCCAAACAUAUGGUGGAGGACACUUGCCUUCAUUUCCCUUUUAGUCAACUUUGGUGUGUCUAUUGGGGGACUGGUAUUUACAGUUGAUGAUACUCAACUUUACUACUGGAUGGAACCUAGAGAACAAGCCUGUUAUAAUCUUGUUAAUGGACGUGGAUAUUACAGAGCAACAAGCGGCUACAAUGAUUAUGAGGUGCAGAGAUGCCUAGAUGGAAUCCGCAAAUACAAGUUUCUAAUAAAAUGCUUGACAUAUAUGACCUUGGUGAUAAUGAUCUGGGGUCUCUGCAUGGCAAUCCUAAGCGUGGGCAUGAGAGUGAAGUCAUUUUGCUGUUCUUGCAAAUUAGAAAAAACUGAUGAGAACGAGGAUGCUCUGAUAAAACCAAAUCCUUCUGAUGAUAUCAUCAUUGCCUAAAGAGUGGUAAAAUCCACUGAUCUAAGGGAUAGUUGUAAAAUCAUAUAAUGUAAGGGGAAAGCAGUUGGAUUAUAAUUUUCUUUUUAAAGGCUGGGAUAUAUGCAUGUUGGUGCCAACCUUAGCAUUGUGUUUAGUAUUAUACAGGGUUGAGCGAACCCGAACUGUAAAGUUCGGGUUCGUACCGAACUUUUGGAUUUUUGGACCCCAGACCUGAACCCGAACAUUUCUGUAAAAGUUCGGGUUCAGGUUCGGUGUUUGGCGCUUUCUUGGCGCCUUUUGAAAGCGUCAUACUACUUGCCCAAAGAGGCCAUUACAGCCAUGCCUACUAAUGGCAUGGCUGUGAUUGGCCAGGCUCUAUAUAAGCUUGAGUCACGUAGCGAUGCAUGUCACUCUCACUGCUGUUACAAGUAUAGGGAGAGGAUGCUGCUGGUCUUUCAGGGAGAGAAUAGGAGAGAAUCUAACUCAGCGAUCUACCUACAAAUAGUUGUGUGGGUGCAGGACACAAUCGUUUUACCCUGCCCUUAGGCCAUUGACC